AUGAGUUUUCCGGACGAUUUAGCCAGAAGAGCUAUCCUGACGAAUCCAGACCUGCUGUCCAGCACGCCGUGGUCCCGGCUGCUGGAGAACGAUUUCUGGGGCACGCCCCUAAACGAUCGAGGUUCGCACGGCAGUUACAGGCCUCUCUGCGUGGCAACCUUUCGCCUGAAUCAUCUGCUGGGCGGCCUGGAGCCGUGGGGCUAUCAUCUGGUGAACGUUGCGCUGCACGCCGCCUGCACGGUGCUUGUGGUCAGAGUUGCCAGAAAGGUACUGCCGGGAAGAAACAACCUCGGCCACGCGAUCACCGGCUUCCUGUUCGCCGCUCAUCCGAUUCACAGCGAGGCAGUGGCCGGUGUGGUCGGUCGCGCGGACCUUCUCGCCUGUUUGCUGACUUUGACGGCGUUCCUCGCGUACAGCGCCCACUGCGAGCGCACCAGAUCGCCGUUCCCUUUGCUACUGGCCCUCGUGUCGUCCACCAUGGCCACACUCGCCAAGGAAACUGGAAUUUCUUCGCUGGCUCUGUGUCUCCUCUGGGAAUUGUGCCGCGGCGAGUCGAGUCGAAAGGUGAAUUGCAGCUUGACACGCGCGCGCAGCAUCGGCAUCGUCUCCGGCAGCUUGGCUCUGCUGGUGCUCGGCAGACUGAGAAUCACCGGCACGAGGCCGGAAUUCGCCAGCGCGGACAAUCCGACCGCCAGGCAUCCGUCUCGUCUGACGCGCGGUCUUACGUUUCUCUAUCUACCGGCGGCAAGCGCCCGGAUGUUACUCUGCCCGAGCACGCUGAGCUUCGACUGGUCGAUGGACGCGGUGCCGCGUAUCACCAGCCUGCUCGACGCGAGGAACCUCGAGUCCGCCUGUUUGUACACGGCGUUAAUCGGCGCCUCGAUCUGGACGAUCAGAACGCUUCGUCGGCCACCGCGGGAGUUUACUCUGAACCUCGUGCAGCAGUAUCCACGCUCCAUGUCGUCCAGGUGUCCGGUGUGCGCUGGCAGGCGUACAGGAGGCUGCCACACGGACGGGUGUCGCGCGGCGAACAACAAUAACAACGGGCCGAUCGGCGAUUGUUACUGCGCGAAGAGGCCUAACAGCGGAUUAAUCUGGAUCAACGGAUACGCCAGCAGGCAGGCGGCUGCGAGCGGCGUCGCCGCGUCCCUCGGUUUCCUCGUGCUUCCCUUCCUACCGGCUAGCAAUUUGUUCUUCUACGUGGGCUUCGUCAUAGCCGAGAGGAUCCUCUAUUUACCGAGCGUGGGCGCGUGCCUGAUGGUCGGCGCAGCGAUCUCUGGAUGCUACCAGGUAGCCAGACGACACGGAUCGAGAAGAAGAGGCAGGGCAGUGCUGCUAGCCACGGCGGUACUCGUCUGUCUGAUGUCUGCGAAGACUUUGUUGAGGAACACCGACUGGUUCGAUGAGGAAAGUCUCUACCGGUCGGCUCUGCACGUGAACCCUCCGAAGGCUUAUGGUAAUUUGGGCAGCGUGCUGAGCGCCCAGGGACGCGUCGCAGAGGCAGAGGAGGCGUUCGUCCAGGCGCUUCGCUAUCGACCGAACAUGGCCGACGUGCACUACAAUCUGGGGAUAUUGCAGUAGGGCAGAAA